AUGGCGGGGGCAACGACUGCAGCGUAUUCCGCAGAUAUUUUGACGUCGCCUGGCAGCGUCGAUGGACAUCACGACUGGGAGUAUUCUGUUCCGAUUAGACAUGAUAGUAUCAAUCGUCGCUCCAAGUCACGGUCGUCUCACGACUCGGCCCGAAAGUCCAGAGAUCGCAACUCCAAGGGCUCUCGAAGCUCCUCGAUGUCGAGACAGGUGUACAUGCAGGAUUCGGGUUACUUGACCUCGGCCCGUGGACGUCGCGAAACGAGCCGCAAUCGAAAAGGGAGCGAAACGAGUAGUUUGCGGGAUAUUUAUGGACAAGAGACGGCAAGCCGCAGCGCGGGGAACCUGAGAGAAUCUGGGGAGAGCCUUCAUCACAGUGGAAAAGGGGCUGGUGAUGCGCACUGGAUCCACCGUGAUAAGCUGGCCCGGAUUGAGAGCGAGGAGCUGCAUCAGAUUCAGGCGGCAUUUAUGUCCCGCCGCAUGGACAGCAAACGAGGGCGGAAUCAUGACCUGUACCAUAGUGGUGUGAGUGGAUCGCCCGUGACAACGCCACCGAUGACAGAGCAAACGGAGCCGUGGCCGGACCUGCAUGAAGAACAGCGGGGCUAUAUCGAUUCCCCGGGUACUUAUGAUGCGGAUGGCAUUUACGAAUCGGACAGCGAACGCAAGAAAUGGGAUCUUCGUCGACCUGAGGAAACUGCCACCAAUGAUCUCGAUGAUGGUGCUUCGGGCAUUUACCAGAACCCUGCUCUUCGAAAGAGCUCCUCUCGCAUACCCAUUUCGACAGGCAGCCCGGCGCCCACAAAUGGACGUGAUUAUCGCAGCAUGUCGGGUUCCAAGUCUCGUCGAGCCAGUGAAGCGGCUGCAGCGGACUCCACGGAUACCUCUACUCAAUCUGGUGGAAGCAGACCGGGCAGUCGAGGCGUGACUAGCACAGCGACCAAGAAGACCCCGGCUAAGGGAACCGCCAACCGCAAGGCUUCUGCUUCUACCACGAGAAAGGUCACUCCCAAGCCCCGGACUACAUCUGGGACUAACGGACAGCGCCCUACCACAAGAUCCGGCGAGAUUCGACCAACAACCGCGGUGAAUCGCCCCGAGGGUGAUCCUCCGUGGCUGGCGACCAUGUACAAGCCGGAUCCGCGCCUUCCUCCGGAUCAGCAAAUGCUCCCCACUCAUGCACGAAAGAUGCAGCAGGAGAUGUGGGCCAAGGAGGGCAAAACGCCCACCACAUAUGAUCGCGAGUUUGCUCCAUUAGCCAUCAGUCCUGACGACGCACCUCCUACCGAUGAAAAGACUCAGAAGCCUGAAGAGUCCCCCAAACCCGAAGAGGAAAAUAAUGAAAAGGUAGAGAAAGAGGAGCCCCAGCCUCCGCCCCAAGAGCCAGAGGCAUCAACCUGGCCGCUCACCUCUCCCAAGAGCUCCGAAACAGGCACUCGACCUAGCACUGGCACUGGAUACAGCCCUAUGCCCAAGUUGCAGGAGCCACCUUCAGCUGGAUUGACUCCAAAAUGGAGCCCACCGGUCGUUACUGCACAAGAACCCCCGAAGAAAGAGAAGGGGUGUGGAUGCUGCAUUGUUAUGUGA